CUGAAAUUAACUAGAAAAUACUUUAAAUUUAAGUUCUAAGUUCUAACACAAAAAUUUUCAAAGUACAAAUUUAGAAGAAUAUACUUCGUAUGAAAGAUUAAAUGACUAUAGUUAUUUAAUAAACAAUAAGCAAUAACAACACAAUUAUCGACACAAAUAAAAUUAUCUUAUCACUCACCCUUCUAAAUCCAUUUGCAAAUAUGACAUCGGCAUCGUCCAGCAGCGCCCGAUCUCUGUUCGCGGAAUCAAAACAAAGACUUGCUGAGAGAGUUCAAGUUAAUAUGAACAAUAUAGCAUCACUAGCGAGGCAGAUCCAACGAGGUUCUAAAUCUAAUGAGCUCCUUAUGAAAGCAGCAAGGGAUACAGCAUGUACAGAACCAUUAAUGGAGAGCACAGAACAGAAUUUAAAGAAAAUGCAACUGAUCUCAGUACAUAUGGGUUACCAGUUUGAAAGCAUACAGAAGUCGGCUGAAAUGAUUAUAGAAAUCAAUGAACAAGUUGCUAGCUUGCAUAGAUAAAUAUGUAUAAUAUGUAUUAACAUAUAGAUUUACAUAUAUAAAGAUAACAUUUAAUAUUGAAAUUUGAUUAAAGCUAAGUAUUUAAAGAAAUAUUUUAUGUUAUGUU